AUGGAGCGAUUGUCGCUCAACGACAGCCCUGCCAAUGCGCAGGCGCGCAACUCCCAGCAGUUCUCCCAGCAGACUCCUCUUGGUCCUGGUGGCCAGAACCAGCCAACCUCUGGCCCGCCUCAGCUCCCCCCGCAGAUGUUCACGACUGCCGCACAACUACUUGAUUUGACGGAUAGUACACUCUCUUAUCACUUCACAGCAAACCUUUUCUUCCAGGAUACCAUUGAGCGUAUCUAUGCUGGAAACCUCUACGCUGAUGUCCCGCGCGGCGUCUUCCUCGUGCGUGGCGAGAACGUCCUCUUGCUCGGUGAAGUGGAUCUGGACCGCGAAGAUGAAAUCCCUACUACGAUAACCAAGGCUCCCUUCGAAGAAGUCUUCGCGCUAAAGAAGAAGGAAGACAGCCAGCGCAAAAUGGGUGAUAAGAAGCGGUACAAGGAGCUGUCCGCUCUUGGAUUCGAGCCUGAGCACAGUGGUGAGAUCCUGUUCUAG